AUGGGGAAGACGCCCGAGCGCCGAGUGUUCGCGUCCGCGCCGCUGCGCUACCGCCGCAAGGUGCCCGUGCCCGAGGACAACCAGCAGCCGGAGCCCACGCAGCAGCAGCUACAGCGGAAGCAGCAGCAGCAGCAGCCUUACAGCCACGACAGGAGCAGCAAGUCGCCGCCCGCGCGCCGCUUCCGGCCCAAGGGCGGCCGCCAGCCCAAGCACCGUCAGCAGCAGCAACCGCCACUGCUCAAGCAGCUGCUCUGGAAGGCCAAGGCCGUGCAGCCCAUGCCCGAGUCGCUGGGGAUCCGGCCGCUGCCGGCAGCGCCGCAGAAACCGCAGCAGCAGCAGCAGAAGAAGAAGGAUGACGGCCAGGAAGAGGAAGACGAGGAGGCGGUUUUCGCUCAGCAGCAGCGGCAGGCGCGGAAGCUGCUGGCCAGCGAGGCGGAGGCGCUGGCCGCUGGCAAGCAAAAGGCGGUGUCUGUCGUGUCUCCGGUCGACGCGUUCGUGGCCGAGUCGUCGAGUCAGGAGACGCAGAGCGGCUCGGAGGACGAGGCGGUGUUCCUGCCGUACAACGGACUGCCAACGACCCAGUGGCAGGUGUACGCCAAGGAGCAGCAGCAACGGGAGGAGGAAGUAGGCGCUGGCUCGGCCGAGGAGACGGACGGGGAAGAAGCAGUGAUGCCGUCGGAGACCGUAGACGACCAGGAGUCGCUCCAGAUGAAGGAGCAGGGGCAGGACGAGCUGGAGAAGUCGACGGCCAGGCGCCGGAAGCCGCGUCAGAAGCACAAGCUGAGACAGAAGCAGAAGCGUGCAGCAGCCAAGGAGCAGAAGCGCCUUCAACACCAGCAGAAGCAGCAGCAGCAGGAGGAGGAUCACGAGCGGCCCCGCUCCGCAGAUGGAGACUCGACACUAGAGGACGAGAACACAGCGGUCGACAUCUUCCAUCCGCCCACGAAUCUAGCUAGGGACAUGGACGCGGGUUUGUGUCGCGCCGUGCUCUCGCAGCUGCAGGACGUGGUGCCUUUUAUCGUAGUAGGGGACGUCGCUUGCCCCGUAGUUGAUGACGAGCAGUCCGCUGUCAGUGCCAAGGGUGGGGCGGGCUCCGAUGCAGCCGUAGUGGACUUCCGCGAGCACGUGAUCGCCAUGCUGGACCGAUCCAGGCAAACACAGAUGCAGCACCGCGACAGCUUCUUGGUGGAGAGCUCGGGCUUCGACGCGGCUUCCAGCUACGAUUUCUUCAAACGCCGUACGUGCCGCUUUGUGUGUGUGUGUGUGUGUGUGGCUAACAACUAG